AUGAAGUUAAAAACUUUAUUCAUUCCGAUGGAUGCCUAUGGGCAUGUUAAUUCAUGCAUAGGACUAGCCAAACAAUUGAUAAAAUAUGAUCAUGAAAUUAUUUUUAUUGUGCCAACGAAUUGGACUAAAGCAGUUGAAGGGCAUGGUUUUACCAUCAAAACUGUAUCGUUGGAAGGUUAUGAAGCAAAUGUGGAUCCUCAAUCAGGAUUUUCUCAUUUCAUGGAGGAUAAAGAAAAGCUUUAUAACAUGGAGCCAAUCGAGCAAUUUGAGGUUCUUAAUGUCAAUAUCCAUGAUGCAUUCUUGCGCUAUUUAGAGCAAACAGAUGACCAGUAUGAACAGUUGAUUUCACAAAUCAAACCAUAUUUAAUCAUCUAUGAUUUCUGGGUAACAGUUCCAGCCAUUUUAAAAUCGGGAAUUCCAUAUAUAUUACUGUGGUCGUGCAGUCCAACACUGCCCUAUUGGAAAGUGAAUGGUCCUCCUUAUUCAUCAGGCCUAGGAAUUUCAGAUGCUCCAGAGAAACUGAAAAAAUAUCGAGAUGAUAUGAACAGUCUUUUGAAAGAUAAGAAAUCAAAAUUUUAUGAUUAUUAUCAAAGUAGAGGCAUAGAUAUCAGUAAAGUUACUUUUCUUGAUUUUACUAUGCUCAACGAAUCACCUUACCUCAGUGUCUAUUCAUACCCAGAAGACUUGGAUUACUCAGAAUAUGGUCCAGUUCCUGACAAGUGGUUCCGUUUAGAUCAUAUAGUUCGUCUUUCUGAUCCAGCGACUCCUCUUGGAAUCGAUGCAACUUUUUUUCAAACUAAGGAUAAAGUUAUUUUAUUCACCUUAGGAUCACUUGGCACAUCAAAUUAUAAUCUUAUCACACGAUUGGUUAAUUUUCUUGAAAAAUCAAAACACAAAUACAUAGUAUCUACUGGUGUUCAUCACGAUAAGAUAAAAUUACAUGCGAAUAUGUGUGGAUCACAAUAUUUGAAUCAAAUGGCCAUCAUGCCACGAGUUGAUAUGGUUAUUCAUCAUGGAGGAAAUAAUAGUCUUGUUGAAACUCUGUAUUUUGGUAAACCCUUCAUUGUUAUGCCACUGUUUGGUGAUCAACAUGAUAAUGCUCGUCGAGUGGUUGAUAAAAAAAUUGGGAAAUGGCUACAUCCAUUUCGAGUCUCUGAAGAUGAACUCCUGAAAACCAUUGAUGAAGUAUUGAGCGACGAAGAAAUGCAUGAAAGAGUCAAAUUAAUUAGCCUGAAGAUGCAAAACACAAAAAGUCAUCAAAUUUUCAAUGAAAAAAUCAUCAAAAUAGUUAAAGAGCAUACGAAACAAUGA